GCGCCGCCAUGUUGCCCGUGUCUUCCGCUCGGUGAAGCGUGAGGCGGAGGGGCGGACAAACGGGGAUUAACAAUCGGCCGAUAAUCCGGUGCGGAUUCCCGCGGACGUGAGAAGAGCCGGUUGAGAACUGUCACAAGCUGCCUGUCAAGCCGAGACGCGAUGUCUGACCCUACGGGUGAUCAUGUAGAUGCGUUGGACGAGGAUCCGGAUGUGGAGUCCAGUUAUAAGCCUCCACCGGAAAAGUCCAUCGAACAGAUCCUGGAAACGGACAAGGAGGACGAGAGUCUACGCAAGUAUAAGGAGACGCUUCUGGGAGAAGCCAAGUCCGGCGGUAUCGUAGUAGAUCCUAACGAUCCUAGAAAGGUAAUAGUAAAGAAAUUGGCGCUAUGCGUCGUCGAUCGACCGGACAUGGAGUUGGACCUGACCAGCGAUUUAUCGCAGCUGAAGAAACAGACGUUUGUCAUCAAGGAGGGUGUGAGCUAUAGAAUCAGGAUCGAUUUUAUUGUGCAACGCGAGAUCGUGCAUGGAUUAAAAUACGUUCAAAAGACUUAUCGUCUUGGUGUACCUGGAAUUACGGUUGACAAAAUGACGCAUAUGGUAGGCUCGUAUCCUCCUAAAACAGAGAUCCAGUCAUAUACCACUCCAGCCGAGGAUGCACCGGCUGGCGUCGUCGCGCGAGGCUCCUACAACGUCAGUUCUCUCUUCACAGACGAUGACAAGCAUGAACAUCUCAAGUGGGAAUGGUCGUUUGAGAUCAAGAAGGAUUGGAAAGACUAAGUCGUCUCCUACUUCACUUGCAACAUAGAAACUGGGAGAGGACGAUAAUUUACAAUUCUUAGCCUUAUUACACUUUGCGAGUAAUAAUUAAGGACGCCAAAAUGCAGACUUGGAUGGAUGAAUUUUAAUAUUCUUUAGUUGUGGUUGACGUUGCCAUAAGAACUAAUUACUUAUACAUAUUUUUAAGUAAUAAAAGAGGAAGAGAAUAUAAUCGGUAUUUAUUAAGUUUUCUUCGUAAUUGAUUAGAUAUUUGAUUAUAGAAAUAGAUUUUCGAGAAUUACGAAGAGUACACACAUACACAUACAAACACAACACGUUAUAUUUUAAUCACUAGUACAAGCAGACACUAGUAGUAAUGAUUUAGCGAUACAUGAUGUGAAAAAUCGGUAUUUCCGGACAAAUGAGUAUUAGAUGCGUAGCGAGUGAAAUUUACAAUGAAUGUUAUAGCCAACGGUUGAUUCAUUAUAUAUAAUAUAUAUAUUAAAUAUAUUAAAAGUAAAAAAUGCUCUAAACUUUAGAUAUUUGUACAACAUGGUUUUCGGAGAGCAAUCAGACUCUGCUCAAUAUUUUGUACAUUUAUCACAUUGACAUUCUAUACAAUGUAUAAAAUUAUGCCAAAUAUCUAUCGUUAAAAAAAAACUGGUAAAAGAGGUUGCAAGAAAAAGCCAUAGCGCUUCUAUUCUUUACUUCUAUAUUGAAUCUGUAAAAAAACAAAUCUUGCGCUCUAAAAGUAGAUUUUACAUUAACUGCAUAUAUCAUAUAUAUUUUAUAAUUACAGCAAUUAUACCGACCUCGCAAGCGAAAUAGAUUCUAGCUAUAGAUUUCUCGUGAAACACGUGACGCACCUCUUCCAGUUUUCACGGGGACUAUUAUCGAAUAAUAAUAUAAAUCCUGCAUAAGUGUUUUGUUGUAUAUUGAAAGUUCCGACAACCAUGUUCUUCGUGGAGAGUAUAUCGUAGCGAAUGUGUUAAUCGCCAAAGUAAAUUAAAGUAAAUUAGAAUUGAGAAGCAUCUCGUAAUCAUCCCAAAAACGCGCUUAUCACAUCGACAGCUGAUUCAUGUAAAAACAAAAAAAAAUGUAUAACGUACGACCAUACAUGUAGAGUCUGAUGUUUUUUUUUCGAUAGUCGUAUAACAGUCGGUUGCGUCGGCUAGGAUUGCCGUGCAUUUGUAUAAUAAUGAGCAAUGACGUAAAAAGAAGAAUAUAUUAGAAUAAAUGUUUUGUAUCUUUGUUACGAGCUUCACGAGAGAAACAAGUAGAUCGAGAAUAGUUACCUCAUUGGAGAAAGUGACGUAAAGUAUAUUGAUAUAUGCCUAGAUAAAAUCAAGUCUCGCAUUUUUUCAUUCAGAAAAUUGUCAUAUUUUUCCAUUUAACGUAUAACGUGUUCCGAUUGUGCCCUCGCGCGUGUCUCUUAUAUCGCCAAAUAGGAGUCCCCCAAGUUUCCUUCACGGCUUUCUUUCCUUUUAUACAUUUUUUCGUAUUUGAAGAGAGAAAGGAAAAGAGAGAAAGAGAAAGAAAGAAAGGGAGUACGCAUCUUAGAAUUGUCUGGAAUUAAAUUAAACUUAGGAUUUGUGUGUACUCCAUCGUGCUUUGUAUACCAAGUGUAUUCAUUUGUUAUUAUGUGGCGCAAUAUAUCUAUAUUGUACGCGGCGAAUGCGAUUAUUGUAUAGCAAAAAUAUACAAUUUAUGUCAAUA